AUGGAAACCUGUGACUCCCCUACCAUCACUGGGCAAGAGGAUGGGUGUAGCACCUCCCAGCAUCAGGAAUGGACUGAACCCAACACCCAGGUCUCUGACAAAGCUGGUUCAAUGGAGUCUGCACGCGAGAACUGCAUCCCGUGUGAGAACCUAAGGGCAUCUUUGGACGAGCGGAGCUCAGAGACUGCCGCCGCAGCCGUGGUGUCACACAGCUCGCUGUCCACCAAGGAGGUCAGCUGCAACGAGUGCUCCUCCUCAUUCUCAAGUUUACAAAAGUACAUGGAACACCAUUGCCCCAACGCCCACCCUCAGCUCCUCCAGGAGGAAAGCGACAGCGACAUGAGCGAGGCGGAGGAAAGCGAUGUGGAGAACCUGGCCGGCGAGAUAGUCUAUCAGCCAGACGGGUCUGCCUACAUCGUGGAGAAUGUGAACCAGCUGAUGCAGAGCGUCCAAACUGGAGGGCCCAGCGGCAGUAGUGUUCUCCCAGCAUUGUUCAUGAACUCUAUGUCCAGCGCUGGGAGCAAGCAAGGGGAGUCCACCUCUGCAACGUCCGUCUCUGUCUAUCCACAGAUCAUCAACACUUUUCACAUAGCCUCAUCUUUUGGGAAAUGGUUUGGUUCUGACCAGGCCUUCCCAAAUACCUCAGCACUGGCAGGAAUCAGUCCUGUCUUGCACACUUUCCGUGUUUUUGAUCUGAGACACAAAAGCAACAAGGAUUACCUGAACAGUGAUGGCUCUGCCAAAAACUCUUGUGUAUCCAAAGAUGUCCCUAACAAUGUGGACUUGUCUAAGUUUGACAGUUUCGUGCUCUAUGGCAAGCGAAAGCCGAUUUUAAUGUGUUUUUUGUGCAAGUUGUCUUUUGGAUAUGUGAGGUCAUUUGUAACGCAUGCUGUGCAUGACCACCGAAUGACCCUUAGUGAAGAAGAGCGCAAGCUCUUAAGUAAUAAGAACGUGUCUGCUAUCAUCCAAGGGAUAGGCAAAGACAAGGAACCUCUUAUAAGCUUUCUGGAACCAAAAAACAAAAACUUUCAACACCCUUUAGUUUCCACAGCUAACCUCAUUGGCCCUGGUCAGAACUUCUAUGGUACAUUUAGCGGAAUUCAUGUCGAUGGUGACGAGGCUGUCCAGGCUGGUUUGGCUUUACUAAAAGAUUCUGAAGGUAGCUCAAGUACAGCUGAGCAGCCUCACUCAAUCCCGCUGGCACAAAGUGCUCUGUUGAACCUUGGCGGGUUGACGAGCUCAGCCCUAAAGACCCCAAUUACCUCAGUCCCUCUGGGCCACCUUGCUUCCGGGCCGACCAAAAUGUCAGAGAGCAAGGAUUUGGGGAUGGAAAUCGAGAAGAAAAAAGCCAGUGGAGAGUUUAGCGCUGACUGUAGCCUCAUGGAAAAGGCUGACUCCGCCGAACAGGUGGAUGAAGACGAGGAGUGCAAAGAACUGUUCCCAAACGAGUCGGAUGAGGACGAUGAUGAGCCCCAGGAAGACCCUGAGGGCGACGCAUGUAGCAGCAAGGACCUCGCUCUCUCAAACCAAAGCAUUUCUAAAUCUCCUUUAAUGCCUAGUGUGCUCAACCCUUCUCCGAGGGGCACCUCUUCUUCUUCUACUUCUUCCUUUGUUGUUUUCGAUGGUGCAAAUGGGAGGAAUGCGGUGAGCUUGUCAAACGACAGUGCAAGCGGCGACAGCAGUAUCGGUCAUACUGAGAGUAAUAGGAUGGACUUUGUAGAUGAAAGUGCCAAUAAAGACAGUGCCACAGCUCCUGAACCAAAUGAACCUGUCGAUGGCGAGGAGGGAAACUGUACCUCCCAUCACCAGCAUAUCAUCGCUCCCUACGAACUGGGGGGUGGGGAAUGCUCCACCACAAGCACCAUCGAGUGUCCAAAGUGUGAGACUGUCCUGGGCUCCUCGCGCUCGCUCGGGGGGCACAUGACCAUGAUGCAUUCUCGGAACUCGUGCAAGACCCUCAAGUGUCCAAAGUGUAACUGGCAUUACAAGUACCAGCAGACGCUGGAGGCCCACAUGAAGGAGAAGCACCCGGACUCCGGUGGCUCGUGCGCGUACUGUAAGACCGGCCAGCCCCACCCUCGGUUGGCCCGGGGCGAGAGCUACACGUGCGGCUACAAGCCGUUCCGCUGCGAGGUGUGCAACUACUCCACCACAACCAAAGGCAAUCUCAGUAUUCAUAUGCAGUCCGACAAGCAUCUCAACAACAUGCAGAACCUUCAGAACGGCGGCGGGGGGGAGCAGGUGUUCAGCCACACGACGGGGGCAGCCGUGGCAGCGGCGGCAGCAGCAGCCGCCGCGGCAGCCGCCGCCAACAUGAGCAGCUGCGGGGCCUCCUCGCCCACCAAACCAAAAAGCAAACCCACCUGGCGCUGCGAAGUGUGUGACUACGAGACGAAUGUAGCCCGGAACCUGCGCAUUCAUAUGACCAGUGAGAAGCACAUGCACAACAUGAUGCUGCUCCAGCAGAACAUGAACCAGAUUCAGCACAACAGACACCUGGGGCUCGGCAACCUGGCGCCGGCAGAGGCUGAACUCUACCAAUACUACCUGGCCCAGAACAUGAACCUGCCCGGCCUGAAGCUGGAGAACACCGCGGACGCCCAGUUCAUGCUGGGCGGAUUCCAACUGGACCCGGCCAAUGCGGUCUCCACACUCGCACCCACAUUAGUUGGGAGCGAGAUUCCUCUCGACAUGCGCCUGGGAGGUGGGCAGCUGGUGUCCGAAGAACUCAUGAACUUGGGCGAAACCUUCACCGCCACCAACGACCCUUCCUUGAAGCUCUUUCAGUGCGCAGUCUGCAACCGCUUCACCACGGACAACCUGGAGACCCUGGGGCUGCACAUGAACAUCGAGCGCAGCCUGCCCGAGGAGGAGUGGAAGGCCGUCAUCGGUGACUCCUAUCAGUGCAAGCUGUGCCGCUACAACACCCAACUCAAAGCCAACUUCCAGCUGCACUGUAAGACAGACAAGCACGUGCAGAAGUACCAGCUCGUGGCGCACAUCAAGGAAGGUGGCAAGGCCAACGAGUGGCGGCUCAAGUGUGUGGCCAUUGGGAACCCGGUGCACUUGAAGUGCAACGCUUGCGACUACUACACCAACAGCAUUGAGAAGCUUCGGCUGCACACGGUCAACUCCAGGCACGAGGCCAGCCUCAAGCUGUAUAAGCACUUGCAGCAACAUGACAGCAUGGUGGAGACUGAGGCAUGUUAUUACCAUUGUUCACUGUGCACCUACUCUACCAAGGCCAAGCUCAACCUGAUCCAGCAUGUCCGCUCCAUGAAACACCAACGCAGCGAGAGUCUCCGCAAGCUACAGCGGCUCCAAAAGGGAUUGCCGGAGGACGAGGAUGACCUCGGGCAAAUCUUCACCAUCCGCAAGUGUCCAGCUGCCGAGACGGAGGAAGCCAGUGACGAUGUGGAGGGGCCAAGUGAGUCCAACCAGGAAACAGAAGAUUCUACCAAAGACAAGGACAAUGGGGGCGAGAAGGAACCUAACAAAGAAACAGUGUCUGCCAGUGACCGUGAACCACAGGACUCCACCACUGCUAAACGACCAUCACUGCCUGGGAGCAUGGAUACCCCUCUUUCCUCCAAAAGGCCAAGAACAUCCGAAGAGACAAGUAUGGAUCAGCAGAUGUAUCAGUGCCCAUACUGCAAGUACAGCAACACUGACGUGAACCGUAUCCGGAUGCACGUGCUGUCCCAGCACUCGGUGCAGCCGAUGCUACGCUGCCCGCUCUGCCAGGACAUGCUGAACAACAAGAUUCACCUCCAGCUCCACCUCACCCAUCUACACAGCGUGGCACCCGACUGCGUUGAAAAACUCAUCAUGGCUGUAACCACUCCAGAGAUGACAAUGCCAAGCAGCAUGUUUCUUCCUUCAACUGUUCCAGAGAGAGAAACCCACGCAGUCUCGCAGACUGCCACAAGCUCCAACACAGAAGAUACAGCUAAACUAACAGAAACAUCAGAUCCACCAGAAAAGAGCAGUGUACCUUCGGAAAGUACAGACCGUAGCAUGGAACCAAAGCCUUCCGGUGACCAGAGUUUAGGGAAGGAUGACGCUGGCUUCCUGUGCUGGAAGAAAGGAUGCAACCAGUUGUUUAAGACUUCCACUGCACUUCAGGCCCACUUCAAUGAAAUUCAUGCCAAAAGGCCCCAACUACCUGUGUCCGAUCGUCAUGUCUACAAAUACCGUUGCAAUCAGUGUAGCCUAGCGUUCAAGACCAUUGAGAAACUCCAGCUGCACUCUCAGUAUCAUGUCAUAAGAGCCGCCACUAUGUGUAGCUUAUGCCAGCGCAGCUUCCGAACCUUUCAAGCCUUGAAGAAACACCUUGAGACCAGUCACUUAGAACUGAGUGAGACUGACAUCCAGCAGCUUUACAGUGGACUCGCCGCAGUCAAUGGUGAUGUGAUGGUACUGGGGGAUGCAUCUCUGAGCGAAGAUCAGGCUUUGGUGCCAGACGAAGACAAAGAUGAAGAGAGCGAUUCGGAUGAAAAACAAAGCCCUGUAGGAAGCGACUCUGGAUCUGUUCAGGAAGAUUCGGGCUCGGAGCCGAAACGGGCUCUUCCAUUUAGGAAAGGCCCAAACUUCACCAUGGAGAAAUUCCUGGAUCCAUCCCGUCCCUAUAAGUGCACAGUCUGCAAGGAAUCAUUUACUCAAAAGAACAUCUUGCUUGUCCAUUACAACUCUGUAUCUCACCUGCAUAAGCUGAAAAGGGCACUUCAGGAGUCUGCUACCGGCCAGCCUGAGCCAACCAACAGCCCGGAUAACAAGCCUUUCAAGUGUAACACAUGCAAUGUUGCCUACAGCCAAAGCUCUACUCUAGAGAUCCAUAUGAGAUCAGUGUUGCACCAGACCAAAGCACGAGCUGCAAAGCUAGAAGCUGCUAGUAGCAGUGGGAGCGUUAGCGGUAACAUUAGUAACAGUAAUACUACCAUGGGAGUGUCAACACCUAGCCCAAGUGGCAAUAACAGCAGUAAUACUGAUGUUGGUGUGAGUAGCAGUGGAUGUGGAAUUACAACUAGCACAACACCGAGCAUAGGUUUAAUAAGUGGAUGUCAGGUCACUGCAGAUUCCACUGGGACAACUUUGAGUACCAACUCUGUUGGAACCAGCAUUGCCACAGCUUUAGAGCAGAAGGAUGCCAACAAGAAAAAGAUAGUUGAUCUGAUCACAUCCCGGCAACAGACCCAACAGCAGCAGGCUCAGACGUUAGCCCACGCCCAAGCUCAGGCUCAAGCUCAAGCUCAGGCUCAAGUUCAGCUACAGCAAGAGCUUCAGCAGCAAGCUGCCAUCUUCCAAUCUCAGCUGUUCAACCCAGCCCUCCUACCACAUUUCCCUAUGACUACCGAGGCUCUACUGCAGCUCCAGCAACAACAGCUGUUGUUUCCUUUUUACAUCCCUGGAACGGAAUUCCAGCUGAAUCCAGAUCUCAGCAUCCCAGUGAGUAGCGCGGCGCUGACCAUACCAACAAGCUCUCUGCUCGAAGACGUGAAACCCAACACUCUUCAGCAGCACUUCUUUCAGCAAGUGCAGCCGUCUUCGCAAUCCCUCGCACAGCACACGGCGUUGCUUCAGCAAAGCCAACAGCUGGAUAAGAAACCAAAAGCAAUCGUAAAAGACAAGGAUGGACACAAGGACAAAGAGAGUUCAGAGAAAUCUGAUGACAGCUUUGCGUCGAAGGAUGUUUCCAUGGAAGGGCAGAAAUCCAAAGAAAAGAAAGACCAGCCUGGACAUGGUGAAUCCUCCUUGCUCCCUCCUCGAAUUCCUUCAGAUGCUCGUGGUAACGCCACCAAGGCUUUGCUAGAAAACUUUGGGUUUGAGCUGGUCAUUCAGUACAAUGAGAACAAACAAAAGGUGCAGAAGAAAGCUAAGACCGGUCAGAGUGACAGCAUGGAGAAGCUGGAGUGCGAGACUUGCGGAAAGUUGUUUUCCAAUAUUUUAAUUCUGAAGAGCCAUCAAGAGCACGUGCAUCAGCAGUUCUUUCCAUUUGAAGAGCUUGAGCACUUCGCCAAACAGUAUAGAGAGAACUAUGAUAAACUUUAUCCCCUGAGGCCAAUAACUCCUGAACCACCGCCACCUCCGCCCCCGCCUCCUCCACCGCCGGUCUCAUCUCAGCCGUCUUCUACCCAGACCCUCACGUCAGCAGCUCCCUCACUCACACCGCCUGCUAUAUCCACCUCGCAGUCCACAGUGUCGCUUCCUCAGCUCUCUGUGCCAUUGGAUUUACCUAUUUUUUCGCCGCUUAUGAUGCAGUCCAUGCCUUUGCAGUCUUUACCAUCGCAGAUGUCCUCCCAACUAACACCAGUAGAUCCUAUACCUGCCGACUUGGCCCAGCUUUACCAGCAGCAGCUCAACCCCAACCUCCUUCAACAACAGCAGAACAAGCGGCCACGGACACGCAUCACAGAUGAUCAGCUGAAGAUCCUCAGAGGGUACUUUGACAUAAAUAAUUCGCCAAACGAGGACCAAAUCAAAGAGAUGUCUGAUAAGUCAGGGUUGCCCCAAAAAGUGAUCAAGCACUGGUUCAGGAACACCUUAUUCAAAGAACGCCAGCGCAACAAAGAUUCGCCGUAUAAUUUCAACAACCCCCCAGUCACGUCGCUCGAAGAUAUCAAAAUAGAUUCCAAACCUCCUUCUCCAGAACCGGCAAGGACUGAGUAUUUCAGGAGCAAUCGAUCGAGUAGAACGCGGUUCACCGACUAUCAGCUGCGCAUCUUGCAGGACUUCUUCGAUGCCAAUGCUUACCCAAAGGACGAUGAAUUUGAGCAGCUUUCCAACUUGCUGAACCUCCCGACUCGGGUCAUUGUGGUCUGGUUCCAGAACGCGCGGCAGAAGGCCCGGAAAAACUACGAGAACCAGGGGGACGGCAAGGAGGGCGAGCGACGGGAAUUGUCAAACGACCGUUACGUUCGCACAAAUAACUUGAAUUACCAGUGUAAGAAGUGCAAUCUGGUAUUUCAACGCAUCUUCGACUUGAUCAAGCACCAGAAGAAGAUGUGCUACAAAGACGAGGAUGAUGAUCUACAAGACGACAGUCAGACGGAGGACUCCAUGGAUGCGUCUGAGGCAUUGAUUACCACUUAUUCGUCUUCUAACACCAAUCUAAUGAGCUCAGCUGUCUGUUCCUCAUCUUUGACUCCACCAAUGCCAAGUGGAUCUUCUGGAAACCUGCCUCGAACGUCAGCUGAAAAAGAAGAAACUCUGUGCAAGUUAGAGUUUUCUGAUGAGAAACCAAAGCAACCCGAAUCCCCUGAUACACAGCAGCAGCAUUCGCAAGAGAACACAUUAGAGACAAAACCCGAGACACAGCAAGAUCAGAAACCACAGCUAACGCAAUCGAAAAUCCCACAGCUCUCGCCACCUCAACCCUCACAGCCCCAGUGCUCAGUGUCUCAAGCCAGUCCGAGCCCAUCUCAGCUUCCUCACGUCUCUUUAAACCCGCUUCACACUUCAACACCACAGCAGCUUGGCAACCUACCUCCACAGAUGAUUCACUACCAAUGCGACCAGUGCAAACUGGCGUUCCCAACCUUUGAUCUAUGGCAGGAGCAUCAACAGCUCCAUUUCCUGACCGCACAAAACCAAUUUGUCCAUCCUCAGUUCUUGGAUCGCGCACUGGAGAUGCCCUUCAUGCUUUUCGAUCCCAAUAACCCUCUGCUAGCCGGUCAGCUACUUUCUGGAACUCUACCUCAGAUCCCAACAAGCUCUGCAUCCUCACCCUCUACGCCUAAUUCCGCCAUGAACACACUAAAGAGAAAACUGGAAGAAAAGGCGAGCGUUAGCCCCGGGGAUAACGACAGUGGAAACAAUGGAGACGAACCUCAGAGAGAUAAACGUUUGAGGACCACCAUCACCCCAGAGCAGUUGGAAAUUCUCUACCAGAAAUACUUACUCGAUUCGAACCCAACGCGGAAGAUGUUGGACCAUAUUGCACAUGAAGUAGGCCUCAAAAAGCGCGUCGUUCAAGUUUGGUUCCAGAACACUCGGGCCAGAGAAAGGAAAGGGCAGUUUCGAGCUGUUGGCCCGGCUCAAGCUCACAGACGCUGUCCGUUCUGCCGAGCCCUCUUUAAAGCUAAGACAGCACUUGAAGCCCACAUCCGAUCCCGCCAUUGGCAUGAAGCCAAACGUGCUGGGUACAAUCUGGCCAUGUCUUCUCUUUUGUCAAUGGACAGUGACGGAGUAAGCAUGCUGAAAGUGGAUCAGUUGGACUGCUCCAGCUUUGCUCAGCUGUCGUCAUUAAAUAGCGACGGUCAGUGCGCUACUGUUUCACCAGGGAACAAAAGUGGAGAAUUCUCACCCAAAGCUCUGCUCAGCCCUUCAUCCAUCAAGGUAGAAGGGAUCGAAGACUAUGAUGGUCCCACAAUUUCUUCAGUUAACUUGAGCUUUGACCAAACUAGGCUUGAUAAUGAUGAUUGCUCAUCAAUCAACACUGCUAUAACUGACACUACAACCGGAGAUGAAGCAAAUGCAGACAAUGACAGUGGAACCGGAGCAGCAUCCGACUCAAAACAGCUCCUUUUCCAAGCAGAGAAUCUUCAAAAGGUAUCUCAAAUAUCUGUGCAAGACAUGGAAGACAGGAUGUCAUCUGGCUUGGUCAGUCCAUCACAUAGUCAAUGUGCCCGGGAGCUGGAAAAUGAAUGUACUGUUGAUUACAGUGAGACUUCAAGCCUUGCUGAUCCCUGUUCGCCCAGCCCCAGCUCAAGCAGCACGAUUGCAAGACCUGGAGAUGGUGAACGCCCAGGGCAAAAACGCUUUCGUACUCAGAUGACAAAUCUCCAGCUGAAACUGCUGAAGUCCUGCUUUAAUGAUUACCGAACACCAACCAUGUUGGAAUGUGAGGUUUUGGGCAAUGAUAUUGGGCUGCCAAAGCGAGUGGUUCAAGUGUGGUUCCAGAAUGCUCGGGCCAAGGAGAAGAAAUCCAAGCUGAACAUGGCGAAGCACUUUGGUAUCAAUCAAACCAGUUAUGAAGGACCCAAAACAGAGUGCACUUUGUGUGGCAUCAAAUAUAGCGCCCGGCUGUCUAUAAGAGAUCAUAUCUUCUCUCAGCAACAUAUCUGCAAAGUGAAGGAGACCAUUGGAAGUCAGCUGGAUAAAGAAGUUGAAUACAUUGAUCCAGCGACUGUCCGUCGGCUAAUGGCUCAACAGGAGCUAGACCGUAUCAAGAAAGCUAAUGAGGUUCUUGGUUUGGCAGCUCAACAGCAAACACUUCAGCAGCAGGGCUUGUUCGAUAAUCCACCAAUUCAAGCUCUUAAUCUUCCUACUGCCUACCCUGCAUUGACAGGGAUUUCACCUGUGUUACUACCAGGUGUGGGCAGCCCUUCAUCUCUACCUGGCUUUACUUCAUCUAACACAGCUUUAACUCCUCCCAAACCUAACCUUCUGGGCAUUCCUGGUUCAACUGUACCCUCUCCUGGCCUUCCGACUAGUGGACAGCCAAGCAAGCAAUCUCCUUCAUUGACAUCGCAGGCCCCGACACAGGCAACCACCGCAACAUCACGUCCAACAACAGCUAGCCAUCAGCAGCAGCAGCAGCAACCAGAACAGCGUAAGAGCAAAGAGAAUGAGAGGGCAAAAGAAAAGGAAAAAGAAAAAGUAGACCCUACGCCCACAGCUAACAAGGAGAAAAGUGACAGCAGUGCUGGGACAUCAGUACCAAUACCUGGCAUGGAGUAUGUCGUAGAUCCAGCUCAGCUUCAGGCCCUGCAAAGUGCCCUGGCUUCGGAUCCAACUGCCCUGCUCACCAGCCAGUUUUUGCCGUACUUUGUGCCUGGCUUUUCUCCGUAUUAUGCCCCGCAACUUCCCGGAGCCCUACAAGGAGGAUAUCUGCAGCCAAUGUACGGAAUGGAGGGUCUGUUUCCCUACAAUCCAGCUUUGUCCCAAGCUUUGAUGGGGCUGUCACCAGGUUCUUUGCUGCAGCAAUAUCAGCAGUACCAGCAAAGUCUACAAGAUGCCCUCCAGCAGCAACAGAGGCAGUUGCAACAACAGCAACAACAGCAGCUCCAGCAGCAGUUACAACAGCUACAGCAGCAGCAGCAGCAACAACAACAGCAGCAGCAGCAGCAACAACAGCAGCAGCAGCAGCAACAACAGCAGCAACAGCCAAAGCAGCAGCCUAAACCAAGCCAAGCCCCUGCCCCACCACUAACCGCUUCCCCAGACAAAGAAUCCGCCAAAGAAUCUACUGAACCAGAAGAGCAAACCAGUGCUCCCAGAGAAGUAUCCCUUCCAAAACCAGAAGAACAGCAGCAAACAGAAAGCAAAAGUACGGACUCGCUUGACCUGUUCAUUGUUCCGAAGGUGCAGUACAAGUUGGUCUGUCGCAAGUGUCAGAUGGUCUUCACUGAUGAAGAGACAGCCAUGAGCCACCUGCAGUCGAUAUGUUUCUUCGGUCAGUCUGUGAUAAAUCUGCAAGAGAUGGUGCUCCGUGUCCCCAACAGCACCUACCACUGCCUGGCCUGUGAUACUACACUGAGCGGGGAUGAAGCUCUCAGUCAACAUCUCGAGUCAACCUUGCACAAACACAGAACAAUCAAACGAGCAGCAAGAUACGCCAAAGAGCACGCUAGUUUAUUACCUCACUCAGCCUGCUUCCCCGAUCCUAACACCGCAUCUACCUCGCAGUCUGCCGCUCACUCUAAUGACAGCCCCUCCUCCUCCAGCCUCUCCCCUCAUGCCUCCAUGAAAUCUUGGCCUAACAUUCUUUCCCGAGCCACAGUCAGGAAGCCCUCUUCUUUACCUACUCUCUCCUCAUCUUCAACAGUUACCUCAACUUCAUGCAGCACCUCAGGGGUUCAGACCUCUAUACCAACAGACGGCUAUUCAGAUGAGUCUGACAGUGAGCUCAGCCAGAAGUCAGAUGGCCUGGAUUGCCCACUGGAGGGUCCAAAUGACCCCAGCUGCCGCAGAGACAGUAGUCUGACAAGUGUAGGAAUGGACACCUUCAGAUUGUAAGCUUGAAGAUGGACAAUAUGAUUAAUAAAAAAAACAAACCAAUUUCAAAAAAGACUAACUGCAAUUCCAAAGCUUCUAACCAAAAAAAUAAAUAAAAAUCUUUCAGGAUUGUUGUCUCAUACUGAUAUGCUGGCAACAUCUAAGCCUGUUACACUUGUUGCUAGAAGGUACUAUGGUUAGCUGAGCUAUGACAGAACCAGAAAGCAAUGAACUGCCUCAAUUUAAUUACAGUGGUCUUUGAACCUGAACCCCUUUAUUUCCCCAGUGCAAACAUGUCCUAAGUUAAUAGCACAGCAGACGGCAGCAUGUACCUUAUGGGAUGACAAUCCACCAUUUACAGUUUAGAUUUCUUGCUAUGUAAGCAUUCAGAUACCAAUGGCUAGCUAAAAUGUAAUGUCUUGUAUUCUCAGGUCAAUAGCUCACACCUUGUUACGUUUUCAGAAUCAUAUUUUUGUUUUUUUCUUUGUUUUGUUUUUC